GUAGCUCAUACUAAAGCAUACAGGUUGAGAAUUUAGGCAUUCAUACAGUAGUAUGCUUGAAUGAUUGUGUUGAGUUGUACAUAUUUAGAACAAAUAUUUUCUGGUGAUUAUUCUGCUUAUAGCCCAAGAUGUUAAUCAAAAAGGUUCCUACAGUAAAAUAGCAAGGAAGCAAGUACCAGUCACUUUCUGACCCAGACAGCUGAAGCUUACCCUCUAUACUGUGUUGAGAGUAACUGUUUCAUCCAUCUUUCACUAACCUUGCAUUUACCCUUUUGGAAGUGAUUAGUUUAUGGGCAUAAAAACCUGGUUUGAGUGUAAAGGAUUCUGUAACAUGGUGUUAAAUAACACUUUAUAAGUAGGUUUUAGAUACUAGGUAACUAGGUGCUAUGCAAAAACUAUGCCUGGCAAGUUUUAUUGGUCUUGGGGUUUCUGAUAAGGUUAAUUUGCAAUCUUUUAUGUCAAUAAGACUUGAGUCACUGUGCUGUUAUAAAGUAAAGCUUUCAAGAAACUAAAUCUGUUCUUAAGAUCAGCUUUUCUGUGGGAGUAAUUAAAAAGUUUGUAUAUUAUGUGCUUAUGGCCCGGUUUGAUGCAUAUUUGAUAAAAAAUGAAAAAUGUUAUUAGUAAUUUGUGCCUACAAAAUGGGUAAUUUUUUUCUCAGUAUUUAUUGUCCCAGUUCUUCUUAAAUCCCUAAAUUCAGAAAUAACUAACUGGUAGAAAACAAGCUUGCUAUAGUGGCAGAUCUUAAAGUAAGUGGAGGCUGAAUUACAUUCUGGGUAGAUUUGAUGUAGAAUGCUUUGGCUAAUUACUUUAGAGUGAUGGUUUUCAAAACAUGUUCAUAGAUUUCUGAGCCCUACCCCAUUUACAUUUUAAACACAGUGAUUCUAAUGCUUUUGAUUUUUGCAUCACUUUUGGAGACAGCUGAUUUUUAGAUAGAGAAAAGGAGAAUGAUAAAUUAAAAAAAAUUUUUUUUUAAUAUGUGUUGAAUGCUGAGAGAGAGAGAAAUAUCUUUGAUUGACUGGUUUACUCCCUAUGUGCCUGCAACAGCUGGGCCUGGAUCAGGCCAAAGAGGAGCCUGGAAUUCUAUCUGGAUCUCCCAUGUAGGAGUGGCAGGAGCUCAAAUACUACAAUCUGCUGCUUUCCAGGGUGCAUUAGCAGGAAGCCUCACCAGAAGCUGAGGUACUGAGACAUGAACUGGCACUCUAAGCCAACCAGUGGCCUAAACGGCUCAGCCAAAAUGGCACACCCCAAAUGAUAAAUUUCUUAAACCAGAAUUGGGAAGUUUUAGAAUAGGAUCUAAUCACAGACUAAACAAUGCAUGGAGCAUGGGCAGCUUGGGUAGUAGGUUUAGAUCCUUAUUGUAGAAUUGAAAAUUAAGCUUGCAAAUAGUUUAAUUUUUUUUGUGCACUGCAAGUUUACAUAGUCCAUAAAUUUCAUCUCUUUGCAUUUGAAACAAUUUUAUAUAGUCAAGUUACUAUUUUUUUUUUAGCCUUUUAAAGCUUAUAAUACUUAGUUUUACCUUCUCUCUGUUUCUAUUAAGAAUUGCCAAGCUUUUUUUCUGCAUCUUGGUAACCACAAUUAUUAGAAGGGCUUGGGAAAAAUAAAACUGCCAUUUAGAUUAAGCAGUUCUAAAUUAUCUGCAAGUCAACAUUUCAGGAGAAGAAACCUUGUGUCAUUUUAAAGUAUCAAGUUGUGUGCAAAUUUUUCUUUUGAAUAUCUUAUAAGAUAGGAAGUCUACUAUUUUCUGUACAAGAUAAAUUUUUUGUUUCAACCAAUUGUGAAUGUAGGGGCAAGUAGUACACAACCAUCUGCCUGGACAAAGAACCCUGCAAUAUUCCAUUUUGUUGAUUUAUAUCUUCUCAUAUGUUUGUUCGUCACUUUCUGUGGUAGUUGUAGUUUGUUUCACAUCUCCAGAGUAUUAUAUUUAAAUAUUGAUUGUAAAUAUGUAAUCUGCCUUGAAACUCUUGGUCAUUUCUCAUUUUCACAUAAAUUUGCUUCUCCAGGCUCAGCUCCACAGUGUUGGUAGUGUGUUGCUGAUCACAGUCCAGCACGUUUUCAGACUUGACUUUCUAUAUUUAAUAAUAGCUACUGUGUUUUUCCAUUUCAAUGCUGGGUCCUGUGUCAAGCAGUUUGUAUACAUUGUUUCAUUUUACUCUGGAAAGUCCGGUGAAAUAGAUUUUAUUAAUUCCCAUUUCAUGGACUGGUUUUGGAAAUUAAGUAAAUAGCCUAAAGUUAUACAUGGGAGGUAAGGCAGGUAUAUAUUCAAGAUUCCCUUUUGAAUGGUAAUUUUGUAAGAUUUGAAAACAUCCCCAUUCUGAUUAAAAAGUACUUACAUGUAUUUUUUUUUUCUAAGAUUAAUUUAUUUGAGAGGCAGAGUUAUAGAGAUAGAGAGGUCUUCUACCCACUGGUUCACUCCCCAGGUGGCCUCAAUGGCUGGAGCUGGACUGAGCCAAAGCCAUUAGCUUUUUCUGGGUCUCCCAUAUGUGCAGUGCCCCAAACCCUUGGGCUGUCCUCCACUGUAUUCUCAGGCCCUUAGCAGAGAGCUGGAUCAGAAGUGGAGCGGCUAGGAACUGAACCAACGGCCAUAUGGGAUGCCAUGCUGCAGGUAGAGGCUUAAACGUGGUAGAGUAUGCCACAAGACCAGUCCCACUUAACUGUAUUUUACCAUUACCAUUUAAUUUAUGGUUUGGUGGGAAGUUAACCUGGUUGUUGUAAAUAAUAGACUUCUCUGUUUCUCACCCACCCAGAACAGCUAUUUGCUUUAAACAUAUUAAUUGUUCUUCUGUUUGGUGAAGUAUUCAUCAUAUAGUCAUAUGAACCUGGGUCUUAAAUUAGAUAACAUUCUGUUUUGCCUUAGUUGACUUAAUCCUAGCAGUUGUGAAGUAUGUAAGAGGAGGUACAGAUCGUCAACUUCAGUGCUUAUUCAGCACAAAUCAAUGUUCACUAAAUGCUAAAUGACUGAAUUUGAAAAAAAUUAUGAAAGGUUUAUGUAUUUGAAAGGUAGAGUGAUGGACAGUAGGUUGACAGAGAUUGAUCUUCUGUUAGCUGGAUCAGUCCCCAAAUGACCACAAUAGCCAUGGCUAGGCCAGGCUGAAGUCAGGAGGCAGGAACUGCAUCUGAGUCUCUGGUGUGGGCCAUUAUCUCCUGCCUCCCAGGUGCAUUAAGCAGAAGCUGAAUCAGGAGAGACUUCUUAUAUUUGAAAGGAAGAGUUAGAGAAAGUCUUCCAUCUGCUGGUUCACUUCCCAAAUGGCCCCAGUGGCCAGAGCUGAGCCAAUCCAAAGCCAGGAACUUCUUCUGGGUCUCCCUCGUGGGUGCAGGGGCUCAAUGACUUGAGCCAUCUUCUGCUGCUUUCCCAGGCUAUAGCAGAGAGCUGGAUCAGAAGUGGAGCAGCCAGAACUGGAACCUGUGCCCGUAUUAGAUGCUGGCACUGCAGGCGGCAGCUUUACCCGUUAUGCCACAGCACCGGCCCCCAAGGUUCAUUUUCAGUUAACUUCAUACACAGAAGAACAUCUCUGUACUAGGUAAUGAUUUCAACACUUUGCACACACGUGCAUGCAAAAAACAAAACUGAGAACUAGUUUUACAGUUAACUCUCCUAAUACAACUCAUUGAGGACAGAGGUCCUGCAUGGGGAGUUAGUGCACAGUGACUCCUGUUGUUAAUUUAACAAUUGACAUGAGCUGCCUAGGCUAAUGGAAGCCUUUUGAAUCAACAAACUUUGUCAGUAUUUAGACAAGGUCAUAAGCAAAGUGGAAGUUCUCUCCCUGUAGAGAAAAGUACAUCCUUCUUUGAUGGCCAUUUUCCACUGCGGUCUCACAGAGAACCUUUACGUUGAACAUUUUUUUGCUGCAGUGUCUUGGCUUUGCUUUCCUAAAAUGGUCCCACAGGCUUUUCAGCCAGACCAGGAAGCCUUAAGGGCUGAUUCAGAGGUCAGAGUAUUACUUAAAGCAAUUGUCAUUCUGUGAAUCUGCUGUGUGGACUGCUCCCAUGUUGGAACGUUCUUUCCUUUUUAAUUCUAUAUUAUUACCAGACACUUGAAUAAACUAUUUUAAAAGAUUGAGGAAAAAUAUUUUUCCCCAAUUUUGUUUUAUUUGUUUGAAAGAGAGAUGGAGAUUUCCUAUUCAUUGAGUCAUUCCUCAAAUGUCUGCAACAUCCAGGGUUGGGCCAGGCUGAAGUUGGGAGCUAGGAACUCAAUCCUCAUCUCCCACGUGGGUGGCAGUUGUCACCAAAGUACUUGAACAACCACUUCUGCUUCCCUAGGGUGUGCAUUAUCAGGAAGCUAGAGCUGGGAUUUGAACACAAGUAUCUAAUAUAUGAUAUAGGUGUCCCAAGAAAUGUAUUAACUGCUAUGGCACAUACCCACAUGUGAGUAAAAUUCUUGUGGUCAGAAAGGUGUUCUCUGGAAUCUUUAAUAUAGUCCUUUUCUCCAUUUAUUCAUUUAUUGAUUUUUUAAACAUUUUAUAAUCUAUUGGUUAGAGGAGUGUAACUCCCAUCUGCUUGUUCACUCCCCAAAUCCCUGUAAUAGCCAGGGCUGGGCCAGGCCAGUGCGAGGAGCCUGGAACUCAGUUGGUCUCUCAUGUGUUUGGCAGAGACCCAAAUACUUGGACUGGCUUCUAAAGAUUCCUGGGAUUCACAUUAGCAGGAAGCUGGAAUUGGGAGUACAGCUGAUACUCAAACCCAAGCACUCUAUAUAGAAUUUCUUUUUUUUUUUCUUUCUUUUAAGAGAUUUAUUUAUUUCCGAAGCAGAGUAACAGAGGGAGAGAGAUCUUCCAUACACUGGUUUAUUCCCCAAUGCCAUCAACAGCCAGGGCUGGUCCAGGCUGAAGCCACUAGCCAGGAACUUUUAUCAGGUCUCCCAUGUGGGUGGCAGUGACCCAAGAGUCUGUGUACUGUGAUAAGUACUUAAAUAGGUUCUUACUUAAUUGAGAUGACCAUUCUAUUAAGAAUCCAAAAAGCUCUGAAACCUGAGUUUUUUUGGUGAUAAAACUUAACCUGACCUGAAAUGAUAUAAGGCUGUUCUAUUUAACCUUCCCCGUUAGUGUGAAUGUACUUUGAUUUCACUGCUGAAAUAUUAAUAGGCUUGAUAAUGUGGUGCUUAGUAUCUUCUGAAAACCAGAAAAAUUGUAUAUUCUGAAAGCUGUUUCCACAGCAUUCAGAAAAGAGCAUGUGAACUUAUUUCCGUUAGUAGAAAAGCAGAGGUGGAAAGGGAAGAGGUUAAGUAACUUGUCGAGAUGAGGGGAGGCUGUAGUCAGCAUCCUGGCUGGGCUGACUUCCUGGAUUCAUAUCCUGGCUGUCUAGCUUACUAACUGUGAUCUUGGGAUGGUCACUCAACCUCUGUGCUUCAGUUCUCUCAGCUACAGAAUGGACCUAGGGAUAGUACCUUACUAAUAGGAGUGCUAUGGUGAUUAAAUAUUGAAUUUAACUAAAUGUGUUUUUAGUACCUAAUAUCUACUAAGUGCUCUGUUAAUAUUUUGUGAAAUAGGUAAUAAGUGGCAAAACUGGAUGAAUGUGAUAACGUCUCUUGUGGUUACUUAGUGUGAGUUUUCUUGAAUAUCCACUCAACCUGUUGUACUGUGGUGUACAGUAGAUCUAGUCUGUAUCUUUAAAAUGCUUUGAAAGGAUCUCUAGAUGCUUAAGUAAUACUGGCAAAGUAUAACUUCCCCGUUUGAGUAAAGAAAGAUGACAUUUACAUUUUAGUAGGGAAUGAGAUAGGAAGAGUUUUUUGCAAAAUGAAAGUAUGGGUUUUUCUCAGUGUUUUCUUACUGCCAGCACUUCAAGGGGGAUUUCUUGUGGGAAAACGAUGAAUUUUGUCUUGAAGAGAAGGUUAUAGUCUAAUUGGUAAAUUUGGUACUUAUAUUCUGCCUUCUGUAUGCUUUUAAGCAUAAUUUUGAAGGGCUUACCUUUGAGAAUGACACAUUGACACAUUUCAAAGCAAGGGAAAGGUUUUUUUUUUUUUUUUGACAGGUAGAGUGGACAGUGAUAAAAGACUUAUUUUACUUCUUUGAAAGGCAGAGUCAGAGAAAGAGGUCUUUGGUCUGCUGGCUCAUUCCCCAAAUAACUGCAAUGGUCCUGGCUGGGCCAGACCAAAGCCAGGAGCUUCAUCUGGGUUCCCCAUGUGGGUGGCAGGGCCCAAGCGCUUUGACCAUCUUGUACUGUUUUCCCAAGUGCAAUCCUGGAAGGUGUAUUGGAAGCACAGCAACUGAGACUGGAACCAGUGCUCUGAUAGGGGAGGAGAUACUGGUGUUACCAAUGGCAGCUUAACCCACUGUACCACAAUGCUGGACCCAGUAAGAUAUUUUGUGCUCUUUUUUUGUACUUAUUAAAUGAUGGAAUCAUACUAGCAUAGAUGAGUUUAAGCUUUUACAGUCACAUUACUGGAGUACAAAAGCCACCUCUUGUUAAGAGACUAGUUAUUUACAUAGCACUAGUUUUUGUCUUGGUGGCCUGACAACUUUGACAGGCAGAGUGGACAGUGAGAGAGAGAGAGAGACAGAGAGAAAGGUCUUCCUUUGCCGUUGGUUCACCCUCCAAUGGCCGCCGUGGCCGGCGCACUGCACUGAUCCAAUGGCAGGAGCCAAGUACUUAUCCUGGUCUCCCAUGGGGUGCAGGGCCCAAGCCCUUGGGCCAUCCUCCACUGCACUCCCUGGCCACAGCAGAGAGCUGGCCUGGAAGAGGGGCAACUGGGACAGAAUCCGGCGCCCUGACCGGGACUAGAACCCGGUAUGCCGGCGCCGCAAGGUGGAGGAUUAGCCUAGUGAGCCGCGGCGCCGGCCUAUCCCCUCAUACACUUUCACCAGCAUGACCUCCUUUCUUCUUACUCAACAAAUUACCUUUAUUAUUAUUUUAAGAUUUAUUUAUUUAUUUGAAAAGCAGAGUUAGGGAGAGAAAGAGAGAGAGCUCUUCCAUCUGCUGGUUCACUCCCCAAAUGGCCUCAAAGGCUGGAGCUGAGUUAAUUCUUCCAGGUCUUCUUCCAGGUGUCCUACGUAGGUGCAGGGGCCCAAACACUUGGGCCAUCUUCUGCUGCUUUCCCAGGCACAUGUGGAGGGAGCUGGGUCAGAAGGGGAGCAGCUGGGACUCAAACUGGUGCCCAUAUGGGAUCCAGUGUUGUAAAUGGUGGCUUUACCCACUAUGACACCAUGCUGGCCACUACCUUUAUUUUAAUGGUUGUUUAAGUCUCAGUCCUCACCAACAUUCAUUUACUUUUAUUUCUUUUAUUUGAAAAGCACAGAGACAGUGGUUUAUUCCCUAAAUGCCUAUAACAGAUGGGACUGGGUCAGGCCAAAGGUAAGAGCUAAGAACUCAAUGAUGGCUCUUUGAUACCGGUGGAACCCAGUUACUGGAGUCAUCCUUGUUUACCUCCCAGGGAGCUCAUCAGUAGAAGCUGGAAUUGAAAGUGGGGUCUUGCCUUGACCAAGGCACUUAAAGUACAACUUUAGGAUAUAGUGAUUCUUCUCACCAUAUCCGCCCUUCCUCCCAUACUCCCACCCCUCCUCCUCCCUCUCCCAUUCCCAGUCCCAUUCUCCACUAAGAUCUAUUUUCAGUUAACUUAAUACAAAUACACAGAAGACCAACUGCAUACUAAGUAAAGAAUUCAACAGUUUGCACACACAAAAAAAUUGUUCAACAGUUGAGACAAGGGCUGUUCAAAGUCAUUGCAUCUCGAGGUUAAUUUCACUUAUUUUUUUUAGAAAUUUAAUUAACUUUAAAGAAGCACCCAAGAAUGAUACAUGUUUUGCGAGCACUUAGACAUAACUAUAACUUAUGAGACAUAAGACUAUUCUCCACUUAAUGCGUUAAAAGAAAGUAAGUCUUUGAGGAUGAGUUUUAUUAAAGAGUCACCGAAGAAAACAAGCGAUGGAGUCAGACACUUGGGCAUAACAAAAACUUAGGAGACAUAAGAAUAUCCUCCACUUAAUACCCUAAAUGAAAUAAAUCUUUGAGAACAAAUUUUACUGUUAACUCUCAUAAUACAACUCCCUGAGGACAGAGGUCCAGCAUGGGAAUUCUUCAGUGCACAGUAUCUUUUUAUUUUGAAAUAAUCUCAAAUGUAGAGAACUCUUGUGCUUUUAAAUUUUUAUUUAUUUGAAAAGCAGAGUGACAAACAGACCAAGAUCUUUCAUCCAUUGGUUCAUUUCCCAGUGGCCCGCAAUAGCCAGGUUUGGGUCAGACUAAAGCCAGAAACCAGCAGCUCUAUCUGGGUCUCCCCUGUGGGUGUCAAGGGCCCAGUAUUUGGGCCAUCAUUUGCUGCCUCCCAGCAUGUGCAGCAAGCUGGAUUGGAAGCAGACGUGGGAGUCAAUCCCAGACACUCCAGUAGGUUGUGCUGGCGUCCCAGCUGUCAGCUUGACAUGCUGCAUCACAAUGCCUGUCCCUCUUGUAAGCUGCUUAUCUAGAGCCUUGAAUUUUUAGUGUUUUGCUACUUUUUUUUUUUUUUUUUUUUAAGAUCAGAGUUACAAAGAGAGAAGGAGAGGCAGAGAAGAGAGAGAGCUAGGUCUUCCAGCUGGUUCACUCCCCAGAUGGCCACAACUGCUGAAGCUGAGCCAAUCUGAAGCCAAGAGCUUCUUCAGGAUCUCCCACAGGGGUGCAGAGGUUCAAGGACUUGGGCCAUCUUCUGCUUUCCUAGGCCAUAGCAGAGAGCUGGAUCAGAAAUGGAACGGCUAAGACUUGAGCUGCGUGCCGGCCGUGGCAGCCACUGGGGGGUGAAUCAACGGCAAAGGAAGACCUUUCUCUCUGUCUCUCUUUCUCUCUCACUGUCCACUCUGCCUGUCCAAAAAAAAAAAAAUUUCUUUGGAAAUCCAGUUACAGUUUUUUGAUAGUGUUCAUUUUUCAUGAACUUUAAAAUAUUUUCAUUUUUUUUAAAGUUUUGGGUUUUUUGUUUAGUUGAGAGGCAGAGUUACAAAAACAAAGGGAAAGACAGAGUUUCUAUCUUCUGUUCACUCCCCAGCUGUCAGCAAUAGCCCGGGCUGUGUCAGGCUGAAGUGUGGAGCUGAGAGCUUCUUUUGGGUCCCCUGCUUGGGUGCAGAGGCCCAAGCACUUGGGCCAUCUUCCAUUGCUUUCCUAGGCACAUUAGCAGGGAACUGGACUGAAAGUACAGCCACUGGGUCUCUUAGCAGCGCCCAUAUGAGAUUGCAAGCUGAGGCUUAACCUGCUACACCACAGUGCCAGUCCCACAUGUAUUUUCUUUGAGACACUUGGGAUAUGGGUAUCACAACAGGCAGCUUAACUGCCAGGCCAAGUGCUUGCCCUUUCUGGAAGUUGUUGAAGACUCUCUGUACAUAUUAUGGUUUUUCCUAUAUAUUCAUGCCUAUAAUAGUCCCAUUUAUAAUUAGGCACAGUAAGAGAUUUACAACUAAUAGAACAAUUAUAGAAAUACACUCUAAUGAAACUUACUUAAAACUUAGGUAUUAUUUCUGGAUCUUUGCUUAGACUUUUGGACUGUUAAGUGAAAUACCAGAUUAGAUGGGGUUACUGUAAUUUAGAUUACUUAUGUAAGUGCACUCAUACUACCAUGAUGCUCUCAGGACUAUUCAUCCACGUUGUAGUAUGUGAUGUGAUUGUCUUAGACUGGAAAAUACUGCGCUGAGUGUGUCUAAGUGUAUAUGCAUAUCACAUUUUGUUUAUCCUUUCAUUUGCUGAUGGAUACUUGGGUUGCUUCCACCUUGUGGCUCUUGUGAAUAUUGCUGCUAUGAAUAGGGUCCUGCAGAUAUCUCUUUGAGGGAUUGCUGGGUUGUAUGAUGAUUCGUUUUUAAUGGAAUAGAUGUACAUAAUUUGUAAACUUUUCUGAGACAUUAGCUAUUUUUUUUGUCAUGAUGUUAAACUUGGACAUAAUACUAAUCUCACAAAGUAAUGAGUGCGAGCCAAAAUAAGCUUGCUUCAGUUUCCCCUCUUCUAUGAUUUAAUUUGUUGCUAACUGUAAGGGGAGGUAUUUUCUAAAAAUAUAUGUGCUUAACAUAAAAUAAAUCUGGGUAUAAUGUUGAAUUGCAUAUAUUUUUUGUUUUUAUUAUGAAAAGAGAAUUCUGGGGAAAGGGGUUUUCUUUUAUCUAUUGGUUGGGAGGGAGGUUUGGUCCAACCAGUAUGGAGAUGUAGCUCAACUAACCCUUCUGGAUUUUUCUUUUUGAACGUUGUAUUUCUCAGAAUUUCUGCUUGAAAUUUGCCAUAUCUAUGGUUUUUAUUCCUUUUAUUUUUAUUGUAUACUAUUUCAAAAAGAAUUCUGGGGCCAGUGUUGGGGCGCAAUGGGUUAAAAGCCCUAGCCUGAAGUGAAGUGAAGCGAAGCAAAACCCUGGCUGUUCCACUUCUGAUCCAGCUCUCUGCUGAUUGCCUGGGAAAGCAGUGGAAGAUUUCCCAAGUGUUUGGGUCCCUGCACCCGCAUGGGAGACCCAGAAGAAGCUCCUGGCUUCGCAUCAGCUCAGUUCUGGCUGUUUCGGUCAUUUGGGGAGUGAAUCGGCGGAUGGAAGACCUCUUGUUCUCUCUGUAAUUCUGUCUUUCAAAUAAAUAAAAUAAAUCUUAAAAAAAAAAAAAAUUCCUCCUACAGUUUCAGCUUGGCAAUACAGAUUGCCGGAAAGUAAAUAGAUUUAGUUGUGCCCUGUUAAACUGUUGUAAACCGGAAUGAGAUGAUUAUAAUACUAAAUCAAAGGUGAAUUUUUUGAGGUUUUCUGAACUUAAUGCUGAUGAGUAGAAUAUCAGCUUUUUUAAAAAACACUUAGCAUAAGAAAAAUUAUUAAUAUAUUUUAAUUUGUUCCUAUAUAUUUGUUCCUAUAUAUUUUUAAAGAUUGAUUGCAUUUACUUGAAAGAGUGACAGAAAGAGAUCUUGCAUCCAGUGGUUCAUUCCCCAAAUGACUGCAACAGAUGAGGAAGUUGUUUUUAUAACUAGUAUCUCCAUCUUUAUUCGGAUAACACUCCUCUAGAUAUUAAGUGUUUUCCAUGUAGUUGUGAUAAUGUCAUUACUGAGAUGGAGUGGACAUGAUCCUCCUCUUCCUCUGAGUUAUUUUUCUGGUCUUUAGAGGACCUUUUAGUAGUAGUAGUUUGCUUUCCCAUUUACCACCCAAAGUACCAGUUUUGGCUUCCUUUAUAUUUUUUUUUCUUCUGUUGGUAGCUUAUAACUUGGAUUUGUCAUUACCCAAUGAAGUGCUUCUCAGUGUUAUUAAAAACAUUUUGUGGUUGAGUAUUUUAUAUGCUUAUGAGGGAAAAGAAAAAAAUCUAGAUGUGAACCUCUAAUAAAUUGUCUGAAAAAUCAGAUUACUUAAAUGAAUUUUAGGCCUGAGAGAUGGCUAAACUUUAUUGAGCUGUUAAUUCUGACUUGAAUCCUUCAAGGUAGGAAGUGUUAUUCAGGAUAGAAGUUUUGAGGGUACAAACAUUUGAUAGGAGAUAGCUAUGAAAGGUUAUUCAAACAUGAAGGUAAUGAUGGUUUAGUUGUUUGCAUAGCUAAACAAAGAAAAUGCCCUUAUCAGAAAUGUGAAUGGUCAAUGGGGUGAAAUGGUCUACGAAUUCGAAAAAUGUGUUAAUACAAAUAGUGGUCUCACUUCAGAUAAGUCAACAGUAUGUUGUGUAUAGUAAAACACAAAAAUCUCCUCUUUUGUCAUCUUCAAUGACAAAAGGUUAAAUGAUCAUAGUGCUUUGCAUUUAGGAAGCAAACAGUUAACAUGUGAUGCUAGAAUAAAAAGUAACUUUCUGGGAAGUCUGCAGUGAGGAGGGAGUCUUUUCCUUCUUGGUCUAUCUCAGACCCAAGCUUGUCCUGUGUUAGGUGGACUUCCAUCAUUCACACAUAUUUGCUGUAAUGUUAAUUUGUGGCCAAGGUAACAGACUAGGAAGAAAAGUAUUUAGGCAUUAGAAUCAGGUAUGUGGUGUGUGUACAUAGGGUCUUUCUCAUUUCAUAUGUUUAGGGAUGUCUCCAAGUGCCAGAACCUAAUCUCAAAAUUUCUUCCUAACAAAGGUAUUCUCAACUUCGUUUAACAGCAUUAACUUGUUGUCUAGGAAAAAAAAAAGACAAAAAAAAUAAAAAGGAAAGAAAAUAUUUGGGUCUAGUUUCAGGGGUUCUACCUUGAUUACCUGAUUCUUGGGUUCUAAGCACUUUUACUUUAUGAUUGAUGUUAGAAUUAUAUUCUGUUAAAUACUUUUUUUAAAAAAUUUAUUUAUUUGAAAGUCAGAGUUACACAGAUAGAGGAGAAGCAGAGAGAGAGAGAAAAGUCUUCCAUCCGAUGGUUCACUCCCCAAUUGGCCGCAAUGGCCGGAGCUGCGCGGAUCUCAAGCCAGGAGCUGCUUCUGGGUCUCCCACGCAGGUGCAGGGGCCCAAGGACUUGGGCCAUCUUCUUACUGCUUUCCCAGGCCAUAGCAGAGAGCUGGAUUGGAAGUGGAGCAGCCAGGACUGCUCAUAUGGACACCCAUAUGGGAUGCUGGCACUUUAGGCCAGGUCAUUAACCUGCUGCACCACAGCACCGGCCCCCUGUUAAAUACUUUUAAACAGUCAACAAGUAUCUUAUAAAGUUAUUUAUUGGGUGAAACUUUUGCUUAAGUGUGUAUAUUCAUGCAUAUUUACUUGUAAAUUUUUAAUUCGAUUUUCCAUUUUGAAGUUGCCUUUAAUGAAUACAUGUAUACAGACACAAACGUUUUUAUUGGGUUAUAAUGGGAAAAAAUUUUGAAGGUUUAUUCAUUUGAAAGGCAGAGUUACAACAAGAGAAGGGAGAGACAGAUCUUCCAUUUGCUGCCUUACUCCCCAAAUGGCUUCAUUGGCUAUUCCUGGCAGAAGCCAGGAGCCUGGAAAUCAAGUCUCCCACAUGGAUUGCAGGGGCCCAAGCAUUUGGGCCAUCUGCUGCUGCUUUCCCAGGCACAUUAGAAGAGAGCUGGACAGGAAGUGGGCAGGUGGGACUUCAACUGGUACUACUCAUGGGAUGCUGUCAUUGCAGGCUGUGGUUCAACCUGAUGUGCCACAGCAGCGACCCCGGGAAAAUAUUAUUUAAAAAAAAUUUUAUUAAUGUGGAAUAUAACUCUAAAAGCUUGAAACCCUGUCGUCUUUGGAGGUAAUUUGAGUUUCUUGAUUUCUGGUGUGUUUGGCUUCUUUUACAGGCAGACUGGGGAGCCUUGAGUUAAGGAUGUAAGAGUAAAGGAGCAACUUCUUUGGAAUCUUUAGCUGUUAAUAAGUAAAGAAAAGAUGGGAUUUUACUGAUGGAGUAUUUUUGGGUUUGGGCCUCAUGGGAUCCCUGUGACAGUAUUUCCCAAAAGGGAAUAUAAGGAUAAACCGGAAGCCAUGCAGCUGCAAAGUAACACAUUCCAAGAAGGGAUAGAGGUCAAGCGCGAAGUGAAUGGUGCUGCUCCUGAGGACCCUUCUCCUCUCCCACCACCUGAGCUGAACUUGGCUGAAAGCUUGUGGACUUCCAAACCACCACCUCUCUUCCACGAAGGAGCACCUUAUCCUCCCCCUUUGUUUAUCAGGGACACAUAUAACCAAUCAAUACCUCAGCCACCUCCUCGGAAAAUUAAGCGACCCAAACGAAAAAUGUACAGGGAAGAACCCACAUCAAUAAUGAAUGCUAUUAAACUACGCCCCAGGCAAGUCCUAUGUGAUAAAUGUAAAAACAGUGUUGUUGCUGAAAAAAAGGAAAUUAGAAAAGGUAGUAGUGUAAGUGACUCUACUAAAUAUGAAGACAAAAAGCGGAGAAAUGAAAGUGUAACUACUGUGAACAAAAAACUGAAAACUGACCAUAAAGUGGAUGGGAAAAACCAAAAUGAAAGCCAGAAAAGAAAUGCCGUGGUUAAAGUUUCAAAUAUUGCUCACAGCAGAGGCAGAGUAGUUAAAGUUUCUGCUCAGGCAAAUACAUCAAAAGCUCAGUUAAAUACUAAAAAAGUGCUCCAGAGUAAGAAUAUGGAUCAUGCGAAAGCUCGGGAAGUGUUGAAAAUUGCCAAAGAAAAGGCACAAAAGAAGCAAAGUGAAACCUCUACUUCCAAAAAUGCGCAUUCAAAAGUCCAUUUCACACGUCGCUAUCAGAAUCCUAGCUCAGGUUCCCUUCCUCCCCGGGUUCGUUUAAAACCACAGAGGUACAGGAAUGAAGAAAAUGACUCUUCUCUGAAGACGGGACUUGAGAAAAUAAGGAGUGGCAAGAUGGCGCCCAAACCCCAGUCCCGCUGCACCUCUACCCGCUCAGCAGGUGAGGCCCCUUCAGAAACUCAGAGUCCCUCAAAAGGCCCUGAAGAGGCCAGCAGUGAGGUUCAGGACACAAAUGAAGUGCAUGUGCCUGGUGAGCAGGAUGAACCACAGACAUUGGGCAAAAAGGGCAGCAAAAGCAAUAUCUCUGUUUACAUGACCCUAAAUCAAAAGAAAUCUGACUCUUCCAGUGCUUCAGUGUGUAGCAUUGAUAGCACAGAUGAUCUGAAAUCUUCCAACUCUGAGUGUAGCUCUUCUGAAAGCUUUGAUUUUCCUCCAGGCAGUAUGCAUGCACCUUCCACCUCCUCCACUUCCUCCUCUUCAAAGGAAGAGAAAAAGCUCAGUAAUUCUUUGAAAAUGAAAAUCUUUUCCAAAAACGUCUCUAAAUGCAUCACACCAGAUGGCAGGACCAUAUGUGUAGGGGACAUUGUUUGGGCUAAGAUAUAUGGCUUUCCUUGGUGGCCAGCCCGUAUUCUUACUAUAACCGUGAGCCGGAAAGAUAAUGGCCUAUUGAUCCGACAGGAGGCCCGUAUUUCAUGGUUUGGGUCUCCAACAACAUCUUUCCUUGCUCUUUCGCAACUCUCUCCCUUUUUAGAAAACUUCCAGUCACGCUUUAAUAAGAAGAGAAAGGGCCUGUAUCGCAAGGCCAUCACAGAGGCAGCCAAGGCAGCCAAGCAGCUGACCCCUGAAGUGCGGGCUCUUUUGACACAGUUUGAAACGUGAACAUGGACAGUAAGGUAGGCAAGGACCAUUGGAAGGCGCCACAGAUAUUCUAGUCUAGUCAGGAAUAAUUUCUAUGAGGUAGCUUGGCCAAAUUGGAGAGAGAAAUUGCACUCAGUUGGCUGACUUUUUUAUACUUAACUUAUAGCCAUUUUUAGACUGAGAAGCUUAAACUGAACAUGCAAUCAAAUUUUGUCUUAAGGAAGUGAGAUUUUAGCAGUAUUUUUCAGUUCUGAAAUCUAAAACCAUCCCAAGGCAUAGGAGCCAUAGCCUCAAGUGAAAUUGAAUUUUUGCAGGGACUGUUAAUUGCCAUUUGUACCUAAAUCUGUAUGUGUGUGUAUAUGCAGACACACACACCUAUAUAAAAUAUGGCCUGUCACUAUGUGACAUGGGUUGCAUAUUUGGGAUUGUAGUAAGGGCUAGUGAGCUGGGAGGAUAGUGUGGAUAUUUAAUGACUACUUGUUUUUAAAUUAAUGAACAGCCUUUUUAUGUGCAUAUUGGUGUAAAAGUUUGAUACUUGGGUGUUUCACAAACAGAUGCUUGCUAUUCAGUUAGACUGGGGAAAUAGGCUACUAUUUGGGAUCAACACUGUCAAAAAAUGGAUAGGUUUGAAUCUUUAUCUUUUGUCCUGUGGGAAUUUGACAAAACUUUCAAGCUUUUAGUUUGGGAGUUUAGAUACAUUUGAUUUCUGGAUAUGUAAAUGGUUGAUAGCUAAAUUUGGUCAGAUUUCUCCUGACUGGCUGUUCCUAAAUUCUUAGGAUACGUCCUAGUGAAUUACACUUUGUGAAUUAAUUGUCAUUAUGUGUAAUUGUUGCAUUUUGGAUGUACCUAAUUUGAUAAUUUUUUAAAAAAUAUUUCCGUUUAAGGUAUCUGUUUGCAGGUCAGAAAAUGAGAAAAUGUAAUUGUGAAUGCUCUGAAAUGUAAAAAAAAAAAAAAGCUGUAAAUAAAAUCGACUAAAUCCAAAUUAUUUGUGUGUGUUUCUCAAAAAGCUUUGAAAAAUUUCAAGAUGGAAGAAAAUUAUUCUUUGUAGUAGUGUGGAGAGGAAAUGAAAAAUCAGACUUACAUUUUUUCUAUUUACCCUAUCAGAAUAUAUUAUGAGCAUAGGUAAAAUUCAAAUAAUAAUAAGAGAUGAAUCAAUAUAUUCUUAAAAUGAGGUUUUGUAGCAUGGAGGUCUGGUAUGCUUCUAGAUUUGAUAUCCUUCUCCUGCCAGUUUCUCAUAAAUGUGUGGGUUAUUCGUAUUUUUUCAUCUUAAUAUUUCAUCACAUGCUUAUUAUACCUGAUCACUUUUCUGUUUGAUCUUUUGCCUCAGGUAUCAUUGCUUUUGGGGCUAGUUAACUAGCCUAUUUUUCUUUAUGAUCCAUCUGUCCCUAAGAUUUGAUUUCUUAUUUAACAUUUUUAGCUUUGUCUUGUUAGUAAAAAUGUACCUGAUUCUCUGUGGAGGCAAGUUUUAGAUUUUUUUAAAGUUGCUUUCAAACUUUUUGUGUCUAACUUUUAAGUUUGAUAUAAUUUCAGUUUGACACUUUUGGAAAUUACUUUUCAUAAAUUCCAAAUAAUCCAAUUUGAAAUAUCUUGGUUACAGUGGAAUUCCUAAUGAAAAGAUUAAUGGAGAUUGGAAAUCAAUAGUCUAUCAGCUUCCCUAAGGUUAUGGACUUUGUUCAUUAAUUACCAAUUUCUACAAAGGAAGAUUUUUUUCUGGGGAAACUCAGUCAAUGCUUUUUGAUGAUAGUAAACACACAAUUUUUAAAAAAACAAUGUUUCACUUGAACAUAUUCUUUCCUGCAAACAGAAACAAAUAUACUAUUAAAAAUUUUUGUAAAACAGGUUAAAAGAAGUUGUGAUUGAGGGGUUGCAAGGUAGUAUCCACAAAUAUUUUGAGUAUUUGAUUUAGAUUAAUGAACUUGUUUACCCAGGUGUUUUUGAAAGUUUGUAGUCUAAAGUUGAGGAAGAUGUAGACAAAAGUUGCUAAAAUGUAAUUCUAAGGCUUUAUGUAAUGAUAUGGCUGUUUUAACAUGGUUCUGAAAGUAGAUGUUGCUGAUGUUGACAGGUGCUUUGGCAAAUGUGCUCUUGUGGCAUAAACCAUACUUGGUUUGUUUUAGAAACCUUAGGGAAAAAGAAUGAAGAUUGUUGAGUACAAGAGUAACAGUUUUGUAGUUCAUACCUUUGUGGCAAAGGCUGAAGUAUAAUCACAAAUUUGUUUUAUCCCAAGUAGUCUAUUGUAGCCUGGAAUAUUUUAUUGGAAGUUUCUAAAGGAAACAAGCUUUUUUUUUUUUUUGUAUUUAUUUAUUUAAAAGGCAGAGAGAAAAUCUUCCAUCUGCUGGUUCAACUUCCCAAAUAGCCACAAUGGCUGGGGGCUGGGCUAGUCCAAAGCCAGGAGCCAGGAACAGCUUCCAGGUCUCCUACAAUGGUUGCAGGGGCUUUUUUUUUUUUUUUUUGGACAGGCAGAGUGAACAGUGAGAGAGAGAGAGAGGAAGGUCUUCCUUUGCUUUUGGUUCACCCUCCAAUGGCUGCCGUGGCUGGCUCACUGUGCUGAUCCAAUGGCAGGAGCCAGGUACAUAACCUGGUCUCCCAUGGGGUGCACUCCCGGGCCACAGCAGAGAGCUGGCCUGGAAGAGGGGCAACUGGGGCAGAAUCCGGCGCCCCGACCGGGACUAGAACCCAGUGUGCCAGCGCCGCAAGUUGGAGGAUUAGCCUAUUGAGCCGUGGCGCCGGCCGCAGGGGCUUUCCCAGGCAUUUUAGUGGGACCCAAAAUGUGCCCACAUGGGAUGCCAGUGUUGGAGUCCCCAGAAACAAGUUUGAAACAGUUUGUGUCGCUGUAUAAAAGUUCUAUACAAAUUGAAAUCUCAUAGGGAGGUGGAUAAAUUUGUCCAGUAUAUUGUGUGGAUGCAGGUAAGAGUUGAGAUGGGUAGUUGUAGGCACUUUGACAUAUUUCUUUCAAAUGGGUGGAAAAAACCCAAGUGGGUAUUUUUCCCCUUGCAGAGAAAAAGCUGGGCUUACACUAAACCUCCAGUGGUCUAAGUGACAAAAGCCAAGUAUUAAUGGGGGAAACCCAGUGAGGACACAGGGGCUGUGAAAGCUAAAAAAUUUUUAUUUCUAGAAAUUUAAAGCAUUAGAAAGUUUUUAGUUUUCUAGAAUUUGCAGACUAGGAAGCUAGCUCUUCAUUUGGAAGGGACAUGUUUUUAAUCUGAUGAGCAGACAUGGGGCCACAAUCAAAACAUGUCAGUGAAAUAAACCAGGAUUUGUUGGUCUGAAGCCCAUUCACAUGAUAGUAAUUGUAAAUGAAUACUGGGAUAGGCACGAAUUUGUAUGUGAAGAAAGAUUACAGACAAAGAACAUGGAACUGAUAAUUAAAUCAACUAGAUGAAUAUUUUUUUUUUUUGACAGUUAGAAAGAGAAAGGUCUGCCUUCCGUUGGUUCAUCCCCCAAAUGGCCGCUACGGUGCUUCUUCCUGCUCUCCCAUGCGGGUGCAGGGGCCCAAGCACUUGGGCCAUUCUCCACCGCCCUCCCGGGCCACAGCCGAGAGCUGGACUGGAAGAGGAGCAACCGGGACUAGAACCCGGCACCCGUGGUGCGGGCCCCAAAUAUUUGUUGUCUUUUAAUGGGGUUGUUUCUAAAUUAAAAAUACAAUGAGCUGCACAUCCAUUUCAGUUAUCUUUUUUUUUUUUUAAGAUUUAUCUGAAUGAGACAGAUUUUCCAUCUGCUGGUUCAUUCCCCAGCUGGCCGCAGUGGCCACUGCUGGGCCAGGCUGAAGCCAGCAGCCAGGAACUUCAUCUGGAUCUCUCCCAUGUUGGUGGCAAGGGCUCAAACAUUUGGGCCAUCCUUCACUGCUUUUCCUAGGCCAUUGGCCAGGAAGUUGGAUCAGAAGUGGGGCAGCUGGGAUUCAUACCGGCCCCUAUAUAGGAUGGUAAAGCCCACAGCACUGGCUUUACCAGCUAUGCAACAAUGCUGGCUCCUGGUUGUACUGUACUUUUUUUUUUUUUUUUUUGGACAGGCAGAGUGGACAGUGAGAGAGAAAGGUUUUUCUUUUACCGUUGUUUCACCCUCCAGUGGCCGCUGCGGCUGGCGCACUGCGCUGAUCCAAAGGCAGGAGCCAGGUGCUUUUCCUGGUCUCCCAUGUGGAUGCAGGGCCCAAGCACUUGGGCCAUCCUCCACUGCACUCCCAGGCCACAGCAGAGAGCUGGCCUGGAAGGGGGGCGACCGGGACUAGAACCCGGUGUGCUGGUGCCGCAGGCAGAGGAUUAGCCUAUUGAGCCAUGGCGCUGGCCUCCUGGUUGUACUUUUCUAAAAACUGGUUCCAUUGAAGGACACGUCUGUUUUAAGAUUUAUUUAUUUGAAAGGCAGAGUGUGAGAGGGAGGAGUGAAUGCAGGAGUGCAAGGACUUGGGAUAUCUUCUGCUGCUUCCCAGGUGCAUUAGCAGGGAUCUGGAUUGGAAUUGUGCUGCUCAUAUGGGAUGUCAGUGUCCUAGGUUUUGUCUUAACUUGCUGUGCCACAUCACGGGCCCCGGGAACACACACUUAAAGAUUAUCAGUUUUCCUUUAUACAGAGGAACUGAGUUGGGAAUUGGAAAUAUCUUAAGAAAUCAAUAAUGUGGACAUAAAAUUUAGUUUUCAGUUGGUUUACUUUUAUUAGUAUGUAGAGAAGAGGUGGACAGAUGCUGAUCACGUUUUGAUUGAAGGAUUUGUGCUUGUUGAUGGCUUCCAACAGGGAGUUUUCCAGAGAAUGAAGACGUAAUGUGUAAGUUGGGGCAAUUUUGGGUUAUUAAAAUGGUGAGCAAUAGAAAUGCCAGAUGCAGAAGCAGCUGGGGCUGGUAAGUUGCCAGGAGAAAGUCAGACAGGUAUGCUGUAUUAAUGUUUCCUGGCUUUGACUUAGUUGAUAGACUUUUCAUGCUCUGUGUUUACAGUUUGCACUUAACUGUAUUACCUUUACUUAGUAAAGACAGAGUAGAAUGAAAAAAUGAAAGCAUUAUCAAUUUUUACACUCUAUUAUGCUAUUUUGAAUAAAGGAAUAGGGAGUUUAAAAGGCAUGGUUUCUAGAUGUCUAUUCUUUUAGUUUUCCAGGUUACCUCUGUCUUUACCAGGGAUACUUGACACCAAGAUGAGAAGACAAACAACUGUUUAAUCUUCACUCAGUUAAGAGACUUAACCAUAGAUUCAAACAGGAUUUAAAAUAUUCCUUUCUUUGUGGCAUUAAGUGGAAGUAAUUUUUUCCUGGUCAUAGUAAUAGAGUGCUGUAAUUUUGUGCUGUAUUUUAAAAAUCAUCAAAUAGACAUAGAAUUCACCAGUUUCAUUCAUUACAUUUACCUUGUUUUGCAGUCAUCACCACUGUCCAUCUACAAUCUUUUUUGAUAGAAAUCUUGAAUUUGGGAUAUAACUGUUCUGGAGGGUUUCAGAAAUUAAGUCACUCAGUCUUUCUUAGUUCUGUGAUUGGAAUAUGCUACUCUUAUUGUCUACCUUUCAGGUUCUUUUGUUGCUGCUGUUCUAUUUUUAAUUAAUUAUUUGGAAGGCAGAGUUACAGAGAGGAGGAGAAGCAGAGAUUUUCCAUCUGCUGGUUCUUUCCUCAAAUGGCCACAAUGAACAGGUCUGGUCCAGACCAAAGCCAGGAGCUUCUUCUGGGUCUCCCACAUGGGUGCAGGGGCCCAAGAACCUAGUUUCUCAGGUGCAUUAGCAGGGAGCUGGAUCUGAAGUGGAGCAGCCAGGACUUGAACUGGUGCCUAUGGAUGCUGGCCCUGUAGGUUGGCUUUGACCGGCUGUACCACAGCACUGGCCCUCAGAUUCCUUUCUGAUCAGCCUGCAGUCAGUCCUGCACAAGGAAAUACUGUCUCCCAUGAUGCCCAUGGUACCCCCAUUUUUAAGAACUGUAAUUGCCCCCUAGUAAAACUUUGAGGUGAACUGGUGUGACUUAGUUUGCCUGUUUUUUUCGAGUAGUUUUAGUUAAAGCUAUUCCCUUUCAGUGACAAAAUCAGUUUUUUUGGGAUGAUUUUACAAGUAUAGAAAUAAAACCAUUUAAAUUAUUUUAGCAGUGGAAUUAAGUUACUUUGCGAAACUCAAGUUGUUACAUACCAUUGCGUAUUUUCAUAAGAUAUAUACUAAUUUUUUUUGACUCACUUUUCAUGUCAGUACAAUUAAUGGAAAACAAAUAUUUUGACAUAAUGUGUAUAACCCUAAUAAGAUUCUAUCGUAAUUCUCUACACCACACUUUGGUGGUAGGAAGUGCUGAGUUAAUUUUUAUAUCAUGCCUUGAGUCAAUGUUGAUGUCUUUAAAUACUUACGAAAGAAUUGUGGAACUUAAAUUUUUCUUACAGAUUCUGGCACAAAUUAAAGAUUGAGAGGAAGUGUAAAUGAAAUACUUUCUAUUCAAAAGUUAGGAUUUAUCAAAAUGUUGAAUUUCUGCAUCAAUCUUCAUUUUUCAAACAAAUAACUUGGAUGGCUGUAGUACUUGUUUAACUUAAUGAGCCUUUUGUUGAACACGAUUUUUGUAAAGCAACUUUAUAAAGCUUUGAUAUUAAGAAAGGUCAAUCUUAAAAACUUAAACAAGAAUUAAGUAUUUUUUCUUCUGAUAUUUUUGUAAGGUCUCAUUUAAAAAGCUGAGGAGAAUCAUAAUUUAAGUAUGGAGUGUUCCUUGUGCUAUGAGAUUGUGACAGUUACCUCCUUUUAUUGCCUUAGAAAUCUCAGUCUUAAUCAGAAAGCAUGAAUAAAAUUCCAUCCUAUAAUUUCUAUCCUGGUUGUCAGUAUUUAGAAGGAAAACCAAAUACUUCAUAGCUUAAAGUGUUAGGCGGUUACUAUCACACUUUUGUUCCUUUUCUCUUAAAUGAAAAAAAGGUUGGAAUUAUAUGUAUCAAGUAUUAGGAAAGGCUUUUUAUCGAGGUUAUUUCAGGUAAUUUUCUAACGUUUAGCAUUUCUUGCUUAGUUCUUACACAAAGAAUCAUUUAAAAACUAUUGAAAAACCCUAGAAGUAUAAUUUUUCCCCAUAUAAAUUAUAAUAGAAUUUUUUGCUUGUUCAAGGUUUUUUUUUUUUUUUUUUUGUUUUUUUUUUUUUGUUUUUUUUUUUUUGUAUUUAAGAGCAAGAUUUAUUGAAGUCAGAGACCUCCAGCCAGAGUGGCCUGGAGGGAGGCUACAAGAGAGGCAAAAUGCUCAGUGCUUUUCAAGAAAGGUGAGUGUCAUCCGCUUGAGUGUGAAAGAUAGUUGGGUAGAUAACUUGUCAGUGAUGCAAGUGAGUUGGAGCAUUAACAUUUUUGUAGUAGUGGUGCUCCACAGCAAGCUUUUAUUGAGCAAAGAAUCAUUUUCUCACU